AAACCAAUGAGGGCACUCGUUACACUUGCCAGUGACGUCAUACAACGACCGCACAAUUUCAAAUUACUGGGUUAGCGAUACUGUUCAAAGUAUCGCCAAUAUUCCCGCUAAUUAGUGUUUUUGUGUGUAAUUUUGCAGAUGAAGAACGUUAGAGAGAUUCAGGAGUCUAUGUAGACCCAUUUAUUGUGUGAUCUUUGUUAUUUUAAUUGUUUAUAUCGCGUUUUGCUCUCCGUUUAUACGCAGAUCCCCAAGCUAAGGAAGAUGGCGGAAGACAUACAGGACAUGGACAUGGUAGAGACCAGGGUGUGUCUGGUGGGACCAGAUGUGCAGAGUAACCAGACACUCACUAAAGCUUUACAGAAGCUGAACCUUCCUGUGGUAAAGUCCUCCACCGGAGAGGAGUACAUGACAGACUCCGAUGACUAUGACACGGUUUUCGUCCUGGCAGAGUUUGAAGGGCCGGGGUUCGAGGCCCUGCACAAGUCGGACCUGAGGUCCCGGGUUCUAGGCCCGUCAGCUGUGGUGCGUUAUGCAGAGAUGGGAGAUGGUCUUCCUAGUGUGCAGCGCCCCCUGUACUGCACUUCCAUGAAGGACCUGAUCCUCUGUUUUACUGGCUUCAGACAAAAGGAGCAAUUGUCCCGUCUUGUUGACCUGGUACAUUUUAUGGGAGGCAGCAUCAGAAAGGACUUCAGCACAAAAGUCACACAUCUGGUAGCAAACUCUACAUCAGGGGACAAAUACAGGGUGGCCGUAAGUCUGGGGACCCCGAUUAUGACUGAGGAGUGGGUACAUCAGUCCUGGCAGAGAAGGCACAGCCCGGCUGCACUUAGCACUGAUGAAGAAAUGUUGAAGUACAAGAUGCAGCCGUUUUUCUGCUGUAUGCUGAGCUUCCAUGGUUUCAGCCAAGAGGACACGGAACAGAUGAAAGAGCUGACAAAAAUGCAAGGUGGCACCUGCACACCUGUCGGUGAUCCCAGCUCCACUCACCUGGUGAUCGAUGACUCGCAGGUGAAAGACUUCCCACAACAUGUGGAUGCCUCCAAGGUGUACGUCGUCAAACAAGAGUGGUUCUGGGCAAGCAUUCAGAUUGAGGCCAGAGCGGACGAAAUGAUCUACCAGUUCAAGAGGAUGGAAACCCCUGCCAGAGACCUGAAGCCUCCCCUCGGCAGGACGCCCACGUCGCGAGGCAGGAAACGCCCGCGUCUGAAGGAAACGACGGCGCUGCUCGCGCAGGACAGCGACAACGAUUCCCCGCUGCUCCCCGCAAGGAAACGUCGGUCGGGCGCAGGCCCGGGAGGCAGCGAUGCCAAGGCCAUGAUGUCCAUGUCUGGGUCCUUCCUGGACUACACAGAAACACCUGAACGCAUGAUAGAUGAUGAUGAUCUUGGCUUGGAUGACUCCCCAGCCCCCACCCCUGUCCCCCCCACCCCACAGAAACCGCUCUCAGCCAGGCACCAGCGGGUGCUGGAACUCACACAGACGGAGAAGAACUACGUCAACAUUCUGCAGACUAUCGUCAGGGUGUUCAAGGAGCCCCUUGAAAACAAAGACCAGUUGGGAGGACUGCCGCUAGCUGCUGAGGAGGUGAAGACCAUAUUUGGCAGUAUUCCUGAGAUCCUGGACGUACACACCAAGCUCAGGGAUUCCUUGACUCAGCUUGUUGCUGACUGGUCAGAAGACAAGUCUAUUGGAGAUAUCAUCUGUAAAUACAAACCGUUGUUGCUGAAGGCCUACCCCAAGUUUGUCAACUUUUUCGAGAUGAGCAAAGAGACCCUGCAGAAGUGUAUGAGAACACAGCCACGUUUCCAUGCUUUCCUGAAGAUCCAGCAGAGCAAACCUGAAUGUUGUCGGGAGACACUUGCAGACCUGCUGAUCCGACCUGUACAGAGGUUACCCAGUAUCAUCCUACUGCUCACUGAUAUCCUCAAGAAAACGGACAAGUCCAGCCCCGACCAUCUCGCGAUGGAACGUGCCAUUGCCGCGAUCAAGGAAGUCCUGGACCACAUCAACGAGGACAAGCGGCGUACGGAGGGGCAGGUUCAGAUGUUUGACGUGGUAAACGAGGUGGAGGGCUGUCCUGCAGACGUGCUGUCCUCUCACAGACAGUUCAUCGGGAGGGUGGACGUGCUGGAGCUGGGGGGAGAACACGAGCUGUGUGGGAAGGGAGAGUACCUCACCCUGUUCCUCAUGUCGGACCUGUUAGAGGUAUCCAAGAAGCGACACAGCAUGAUGGCAGAUGUGAAAAGCGUGUUCAAGAGUCCAGGGCUGCUGAAAGCCCCUACAGGCCCCCUCAAACAUGUAGAACUCUUCAACCUGGCACACAUCAAAAGGGUUGUGGACAUCAGAGACACAGAAGAAUGCAAGAAUGCCUUUGGGCUGGUUUACCAGGCCCCAGGCACAAGUAGUGAGGAGGUCUGUCUGUAUAUGUUCACUCUGCUGGGAGAGGAGACCACCAAGAAGGCCUGGCUAAAGUCUCUCUGUAGACACAUGGCCAACACUACUUGCAAGGCAGAUGCUGAGAACUUCCUACACAGUGUAAACCCAGAGGAUGUGGAGUUAGACAGGAGUGCCAUACUGAACACAGUGGGCUUCAACAAACUAGCCAGGGGUUUCUCCAAGAAGGCCAAACGGGUCACUCGGCAGUUUUCCUUCAGCAAGACGCCGCGGCGGAUGAUCAACCGAGCGGUCUCCAUGGUGAUGAGCCCGGCCAGGGGGGGCAUGCCGAUGCAGCGAGAGGGGUCCGAGACCCCCCUGGGUGACUUACAGGGAGCACGCAUGGCGAGCAGUAUAGACCUACAGGGCUCCUACAACAGGAGGGUUCAUACGAUCGGGGCCAGGCUGGCCGGGGACAGUAAGAUUGUGCGCGCACAUGACAGAUUGUGGCGGCGGUCACCGGUUCUUACCGGUGUAGCACGCAGAAAGUCUGGUCAGCAUGCUCCCAUGUCUCCAAUGGGCACACUGGUCACCCCUAACAAGAAGACCAAGAGUGUGUCUCUUGGACACAGCGCCUCCAAGCGGCUAUAACUGGAAGUGCAGCCCGUCAGAAUAUCCCAUCAAGCAGCACUACUAUAUACUACUUCAACCAGGAGUUCCUUCAUAGGAGGAAAAUAUGUAAACUAUAUGUAUCAAAGAUUGCCUUGUGAUAUAUUUUACAACCCUACCACCAACAUGGAUUUGGAAUAACUUCAGGAAAUUAGCAUAAUGUAUUCAUAAACUAAGAAACCCAUCAUAGUAAAGCAUAUUAUUGUCUAGAUACUUAGAUGAUACAAAUUAUUUCAUAAUGCUUUUCCUAAAGUAACAGUCUCAUACCUAACUGUUGUAUGACUUUCACGAUUAUUGGUAUUUUAUAUAUGACAUACGCAUUAUAAAGUUAAGCUCCUCAAUCAUGUGCAAUUAAUCAUAUUCGUGGCAAUGGCGGUAACACCACAUGGUUGUUGUAAAGCUAUCUCACUUUGAUGGAGUUUAAAAGUAAACAGUUGCUUUACUUCAAGUUCAACAGAUGGGGAGUUGGAUGCUGUUUUUGGCGAAAAAAAGUGUACAUAACGAUUGGUAAAUUUACUGGAUUUUCUUUCAUUGUAUAUUUUAUCUAAGUGUAUCAUAGUCCUUUGAUUGGUGUCUAGUUGCAAAACCUUUCAGAUGUUUCAUUUAGAAACUGAAAACAAAUAUUUUCCAACAAAAACAUUACUGGAAUGUAAUACUAUUUCAGUCUACUGUCAAGUUAAUCUGCACAUUUACAAGUAACAUUCAUUGUAUAGGUGAAAGAAGUAAAUUUGGCAAAGGAGUUUAGUAUCCUUUAUAGAAAAGUUUCUUUUAAAAGAGUUUUGUUUGCUGUAUUUGUUGCAUGAAGCCAUAUUAAUAGGAAAUCAUUGUUUCUCUAUCAUUUACAAUCUUCUGCAUAAUGUAUUUAAUAAAUUUUUAUUAAUUUGUGAGCUCGACAUACGGUAUACCUUUGUAACUUUCACCCAACACUCGGCCUGGCGAUUUACUGAGUAAAGAGGGAGAGUGUACACUUACUGGGAACUAAGACAGUGGAA